CCAUUUCCUCCAUGAUUCCCGUCACGACCCCGCUCGGGAAUUUCCGGCGCUGUUAAAUCCCCACCUUCGGCAGUUUCCGCCGACAUUUAAACUUCGCCCUCGGAGGAGGAGAGCAGGCAAGAUGGCGGCUGCCCCGCUCUACUGUGUGUGCCGGCAGCCUUAUGAUCUCAAUCGCUUUAUGAUCGAGUGUGACAUUUGUAAGGACUGGUUUCACGGCAGCUGUGUGCAGGUGGAGGAGCAUCAUGCUGCUGAUAUCGACGUCUAUCACUGUCCUAACUGUCGCCCCAUCCACGGGCCCUCCCUCAUGAAGAAGAGGAAUAACUGGCACAGACAUGAUUACACAGAGGAGGAUGGCGGGCGGCGGCCGGUUCAGGCUGGAACAGCCGUCUUCAUCCAGCAGCUGCAGGCCAGGAUCUUCCCCAGUGCUGAUGAGAUCGUGGUGCGGAUGCAGGGAGGUCAUGUGACACGGCACUACCUGGAGACUGAGGGGUUCGAUUACCCCAUCAUAGUGGAGGACAUGGAGGGUCUGGGGCUCAGACUGCCCCCACCGUCCUUCUCCGUCAGAGACGUCCAGCACUACGUCGGUGGACAUAAAGUGAUCGACGUGAUCGACGUGGCCAGGCAAGCGGACAGCAAGAUGAAGCUGAGCGAGUUUGUGAAGUAUUAUUACCAACCCCAACGUCCCAAAGUGCUCAACCUGAUCAGCCUGGAGUUCUCCGAUACCAAGAUGGCUGAGCUGGUGGACGUGCCGGAAAUCGCUCGUGAGAUGUCGUGGGUGGAGAAGUACUGGCCGGACGACUCGAUCUUUCCCAAGCCGUUUGUGCAGAAGUACUGCCUGAUGGGGGUGAAGAACAGCUACACCGACUUCCACAUCGACUUCGGCGGAACCUCCGUGUGGUACCACGUCCUCUGGGGAGAGAAGGUUUUCUACCUGAUCGAGCCGACCAAGACCAACCUCGCGCUGUACGAGUCGUGGAGCUCGUCGGCCAAUCAGAGCGAAGUGUUCUUCGGAGAGAGAGUGGAGAAGUGCUACAAGUGUGUGGUGAAGCAGGGCACCACCGUACUGCUCCCUACAGGUUGGAUCCACGCAGUUCUCACUUCUCAGGACUGCAUGGCCUUCGGAGGAAACUUCUUACACAACCUAAAUAUCGGCAUGCAGCUCAAGUGUUAUGAGAUGGAGAGGAGACUGAAAACUCCAGAUCUGUUUAAGUUUCCGUAUUUCGAGGCCAUUAGCUGGUACGUGGCCAAGAACCUGCUGAAGACGCUGAAAGAGCUGCGAGAGAACAAGUGCCAGCCUCAGAAGUAUCUGGUAGAAGGAGUGAAAGCUUUAAUCUCUGCCCUGAAGACGUGGCUGAGGAGGGAGUUAACGGCGCCAAACAGCGAGGUUCCGGAUCACAUCCGGCCAAGUCUCCUGAUCAAGGAGCUGAGCAGGGAGAUCCGUCACCUGGAGGAGGCGCAGGAGGACGAUCCGAGUAAACCGGUGAAAUCUCAGGGAAACGCAGAAAGCCCAUCCUCUCGUUCCUCGGUCGAGAGACGACGCCAGGUGCGACGAGUCGCUCGACGACUCAGAGACCAUCAUCGUCAUCACCACCACCACCACCAUCAUCAUCAUCAUCUUCAACAUCAGCAUCCCGAGCCCAAACUCCGAUCGAACCUAGACAUCCUGGAGCUGCACACUCGGGAGGUUCUGAAGAGGCUGGAGGUCGGGCCUCUGGAGGAGCAGGACUCGCACGUGAGCUCCAAGGUGAACAGGAAGUUUAAGAAAGUUGUCCAGCCAUCUGCCGUGACUAUUGACGGUAACCAUGACAACGCACUAAGGCUGGUGCUUUGUAACGGCAGAAUCGUGUGUGAGAGGCUGCGUGUUGUGAACAGAACUGUGAAGUCUGAGAGAGACGAGGCAUCGCCAUGCCAACAGCACCACGUUAGACCAGAAAAGUCAUCGUCAUGCCAACAGGAGAAAGUGAAAGUGGAGGCGGGGUUACAGUGCAUGGGUCAGGUCACUCAUCAUGAACUCAGGAUAAAGCUGACGAACCUCUCAGGGUUACAGAAGAAGGAGGAGGAGGAGGAGGAAGAGGAGAAGGAUAGUUCAGAUUCAGGGAGCUCUGAGGAUGAAGAGGAGUGUGAGAUACCUAAGAUGAGAAACUCAGGGAGUCAACAUCGCAAACCACUCAAAAGGGAGUGUCCUUCCUCCCCCAGCAGGGUGCCAGAGGGGGGCGCUGUGACUCAGGAGACGUGGUGGAGCAGCAGUGCAGUGUGCGUCAGCAGCACCACGAGCUCAGGAGAGGAGUGUUUAUACAGCGACCGUUCACUUUCUCCUGCACUCCAUCCAUCAAAACGACACACACACAACUCUAGUCCCAUCAGCAACCAGGCCACUAAAGGAAAGCGUCCGAAGAAAGGCAAUGCAACGUCCAAGCAGAGGCUGGGCAAGCUGAUGAAGAUGAGCACACACACUCGACUGCUGUUAUAACACGACAGCAACACACACACACACACACACAUGUAUAUGUGCACACUCAGAACCCGUACCUUGCAUGUUUAAGCUCCAAGGUAUGUAGGAAUGGCACUAUGACGCUGAUGCUGCAUGGCGGAGAUUUCACAGCACACAUGCUCUGGGAAAUUAAGGGACGAUUUUAAUAGCUAGAUUUAAAAAAUAAUAAUAAUAAUAAACAGCAGUGCAGGGAAAUUUGUGAUGGAAAUAGCCAAAUGUUUAUGGAAGUGUUUUGGGAUUCUUUUUUUUUCUUUUUUUUUUGGUAGGCAGCUUCUGUAAGUGCAGUGAUCCAGUCCUGCUAACACGCCUUUGUUGACUUUGAAACGUGGUUUGUUUUUCCGGAACGGAGAUUAGCAUUAUUGCAAUACUAAACCAAAAUCUAUUAUUUUUAGUGCUGUCAAGCGAUUAAAAUAUUUAAUCGCGAUUAAUGUCGCGACUGUCAUAGUUAACUCGCGAUUAAUCGCAAUUUAAUCGCACAUUUUUGUCACAUGAAAAACCAUGUAAUUCUCUUAUCAGCAUAAAAAAGUGAAUGGGCUUGCUCACCAUUCGAACUACGGGGGUACUCGGGGGAUCCGAGAUCCCCGGAAACAGACAUGAGAUCCCUUGAAAACAUGAUUUGGGAAAUGUUGGGGGGUCUCUAAAAUAUUGGCAAAAUGAUGUUUAUUGACAUAGCAAUCGUGUGUAACGGGAAGCAUUUGCAUAUCCGAAGUGAGCGCGCGAUGGAGAUCCGCGCUCUGAGACAACCGCAAGCACACACACACCCCCCAAGGGAAAAAAAAGGGACCCCCCCCAAAAAAAUAUCGGCAUAGUUCGAACACUGGUUGUACCAAUGUUGUUUUUUUUUUUUUAUUGCAGAGCAUAACACGUCUUGUCACAGCCACUGCAAAGUCGGGCUGGAGCCGCCGAUGGGAAAACGAAACCUAAGCCGAGCACCGUGGCUCUUCGGGGGAGGGCAGAGGACUCUGGCUGUGCGGGGCGUGGCAUUACAGUCUAGCUGCUAUCGUUUUUCUAAGCAAAGUCUCUGUUCCAAGUUCCUGGCAGUUUCAAAAGCUUAUGAAAAACCUACAUCAUGUCACAGAGCGUUAAUCUCGCGAUAAAAAAAUUAUCGCCGUUAAAAUUGAGUCAAGUUAACGCGUUAAUAACGCGACAUUUUUGACAGCACUAAUUAUUUUACAUUUGUGCUCUUAUUAAAUGUCCAAUCAUAUCUGAAGAAAGUCAUCCCAUAGUUUCUAAAUGUUAGUCUUACUCAACGUCACUGAAAAUACGAACCUUAACAAUCUCACUCCUGCUGUGAGCUGGAAGUGUUUAUAAUCAGUCGUUCUUUAAUUUAAUUUUUUUAUUUUAAAAAUCUGAAAAUCUCAUUCAUUGUUUCGGUGAAAUAUCUGGAUAAUUAAGGUUUAAUAAAUAAAAAUGCACUUUUCCAGUGAGGGUUUCUAGCUAAUCCUGUCAGGUGCUCACGUCAGUGAGGUUCAAAGUUAGCUAGCUGAAUUCGUUAGCUAGGUAGUGAGAAGCGGUCCGAAUUUCCCUUUGAAAUGUCAAAAUUUACAGGCCAACGUUGUAAUUAUCGAUGUUUGAUUUAAAUUUUCAACACUGAGGAAAAAAAAACGUCUCGGUUAAAUCUGACUAUAAACCAUGUUUGUACGUUGAACACUUCAACUUGCAGCUUAGCAUUAUCAGCCAAUUACGAACAAAUUCGUAUCUUAUUAACAAUUCUGAGCAUCCUAACGAUGACGCGUUCAGAGACGUAGGAAGGAAGAAACGGAUGAGAAAUUAUAAAGUGUGCUCCUUUGUACGGACAGGAACGCCUCCUGACUCCAGCGCAGUCCUGUGAUUACAUUUCAGUGUAGCACGACUGCAACGCAGUGAUGAAAUGAAACGCAGCGCAACAGGAAAUUACGGCCACUUCUGAUCAGCGUCAGUAUAUAAUUCUGUAACGAGCUGAUUUCUGAUCGAUUCCACUGAAGAUGUAAAACGUAAGAGCCGUGCAGUUCAGACUUUGCUUUUCAGUGUAGCACGUUGUCCUCGUGUCACAAAUAAGGGGGGAAAACACAAUACCGGGUCACGUUUUCAAAAAGAACGAGUGGUCACGUUUCAGUUUCAGGUUCCUGGUUUCAGUGACGUUCGAGCAGCUAUAAACAGUCUUCCCCUCACCAACAUCUCUCUAAAUAAAUAAAUAAAUAAAUAAAUAAAAUAACGCAGCUUGUCAUCUGAUGUUACCGAAAAACUGCAACCUCCUCUGUCCUGAAAGCUGAAAGGACAGGAACGGUCCUUAAAGUGAACAAGGGCGUGUCGGAGACGGUAUUGGAACACGGCCGGAGUGUUUUAUCCAUUCAGCCAAUCACAGAGUUCUGAAUCUAUGUUUAGGACAUUUUGUAGUCAGGUUCUCUCUCUCUCUCUCUCUCUCUCUCUCUCUCUCCUACCUCCACAUGUAACCUGUAGCAGAAGUGUUUGUGUGAUGUUUCUUGGGCAGCUUUCAUGUGUUUUUUUUUUUUUUUUUUUAUUUCUGUAAAAAUCUGACUAGCGUCUCAUUUCUGUCUUGUAACGUUGAUCACUACCUUCUUCCUGUCCGGCUGUGGCGUAAACGCCGAGGGUCAGUGUGACGAGGACGAUGCUCGGUGGAGUUCAGGGUCAUUUAUAAUCUGUGUGAAAGUUUUUAAACUGUGCUGAAAGCAAUAAUUGUACAGUGUUUGAUUAGAUGGUUGAUUGAUUUAAUUUUUUGUUGUUGUUUGUUUUAGUUAUUUAAACAGGAGAUCAGUAGCCAUUGAGUAUUUCGACUCUUUAAUUCUGUGUGUGUUUUUGUUAAUUUGUCGGAGUGAUUUAGUGGUGGGUGAUGCACUGUAGCAAAAUUCCAAAAGUUAUAUCGUCGUUGCUGGGCGUUUCCCAAUCAUCUGGUGCUUUCUGGCUGGUGGGUUUAAUCGACCGUAAUCUGACAGUGAUGGUCACUUGGGUAGUUCCAUUUUUAAAAAAAUAAAUGAAUAAAAACUUUUCCAGCAAGGUUUGUUUUCUAGCUGGUACGAUCGCGAGGUUGAAUAUUAUUAGCUUGCUAAAUUCGACAGAUAGCUAACAGUUAUCAUUUUCUUUGAAAUGUCUUACAGUUUACAAAUCAGCAUUGUGGUCGAAAAGAGAACGUUUGAUUUCCUGAGUUAACGUUGCAAAAUGAAGAAAUCAAACAUUUUAGUAUCUCGUUUCAUAAAUCAUCAGUUAAAUCUCGCGAAACCGUAUUUGUUUACUAUGUUAUAAAGUAUCCUCUGGCAAUUACGAACAAAUUACACUACUUUUUUCGUAGAGAUCAUAUUUGUGUAUAAAUUUGUAGCAAAAUUACAAACGCAUUGAUUUCACCUACACGGUUGCGUAGCAGACGUUACCCAGUUCGUGACUGUGAUUAGUUCGAAUCUGUACCAGUUAUUUCUCUAGAAAAGAGUGAGUCAAGAGCAACUCCGUUCAUUUUUAUUGGAUUAUGUAGCAGCUCUGUGUUAACUAGCAUGAGCCUUGCCUAGCUAACUUGUGUAACUAGCUAGCGAUUUGUAUUAAUUGUGGAAUUCGGUAGUGUUACAAAUGUGGGUUUGGGCGUCGAUAUAAGUUUACCGUGACCACGACGCACUAACGAAUAAACACUACUGAUUCCUGAGCAGGUUUUAUUUUACAGCAGUGAGGGGAAAAAUACAAUUUUAUGUCGAAUUUCCGCAACAAGAAAAAAUGAAAACAUCAAAGCUGAUUAAUACUUUAUUUAAAUGUAUUUCUUCAGAGGAUCAUUGGGAUGGAGUUCGUAGGUAAAGUUGAACUUUUUUGACCGUCUCGUAAGAGCAAGAGGAAAAGGAAAAGGUUUUAAAUUAAAGAAGUUAAGAAAAACGAUGCACAUGGGUAUUUGUAGCAAAACAGGAACAAGUGUUUUGUUUUUUUAACAAAUACAUGGGAAAGAAUUACUAAUUAAUAGAGAACAAGAACAAAGUAUUUUAAAAAAAAAAGCUAAAGUUGAAGCUCGACCCUGUUGUUUGACAGUCAGACAUGAACAUGGUAAUUAAUUCCCCCAUGUUGAUGUUAGAUGAGUGUUGUGCAUGAUUUGGGAAACGCCCACUUGUUUUUAUUCUUCCUUCAUCAUAUUUACAUGAAUAAAUCUGUCUAAAUAAAUCUUGUGUGACUUGUUAAAACCCCCACUGUAAAUCCAGAGUGAGGCAAUGAAGCACAAUGUUUGUUUUUGUGACACUGCUGAUGUGGACAGACUCUGUAUUUGCCUGUAGGGUGACGUGAGCAUGUUUAAAGCUCAGGGAGGAUGGCUAUGAUGAUGAUGAUGAUGAUAAUGACUGUGUGUUCAUCCUGCUUCACUUUUGCGUGAGUGUGUUUGUGAAAUGUGUUUCCUGUAAUGUCUUUAUUGGCUGUUAACUUAUUAAUUUCUAAGCGAUGAGGAAUGAUUUGUGCUUCCUGCUCCCCUCCUGGGUGUGGAUUUAUUUUUUUUUUCCCCUUUCUCAUACAUUUCCUGUAAAUAUUUGAAUUGAAUAUUUGUUCGCUUCUCUUUUUGGUAAUUGGAUGAUGAUGAUGAUGAUGAUGAUGAUUCAUUUGUACUAGAUUGUGUAGUAAUGAUGAGUGAUUCAGAUUGUGUGUGUUUUUAAUCUGACGAGCUGGAGAAGAAUUUAAUCCAGAGCUGAGAUGAAAAGUUAAAGCUGGUGACUUUUCACAUGCGAUGAAUGAAAGAAAUAAAGGAAAAAGAGCCACUCGGAAAGAA